UAAGGACGUGGGAUUGUACCAAAACGUCCAGGAGCGAGUUAUUCGAGGCGGUUUUGGUUUAAGAUAACACGCCAGGACGUUGUUCGGCUCCUCCAGUUUAGUCCCUAUAAGACUGGAACCAGGCUGGAUUCGGUCGUCGGACGGCUCGUCAGAGAAACUAUUAAAAGUUGUGCGGACUUGAGGAGGAGCUCUGGUUCUUGUCUUCUCUCUCUUUCUCUCUCUUUCUUUCUUUCUUUCUCCGGCGGCUUUCAUGAUAAAGCGAGUCAGCAGAGAUGCCGCUAUAAGCUGUAAUUCUUGCUGUCGGAGUUCAGAAAGGCUGUUUUCUCACAACAUGGCCGAGGCAAGAACCGAGGAUGAGGAGGAAAGUCUGAGAGAGCCCAGAGGAGGAGGACGAAACCCGCGGCUGGCGACUGCAUCUUCAGAACAAGCAGAAAGGAACAAGCCUGAACAACGCCAUUCCAGCAGUCAAGGAGCUCUUUCUUCUAUAAGAGCUGUGAUUAAACGGACGUCCAACAGAACGACUGCCCAGACUGACAACAGCAGAGACAGGCGCCGUCCAGAGAUCACCAUCCUCUCAGCCGAACCUCUGGCCACCAAUUGGUUUCCAGGGGCUUCUGGAGCAUUUCCGCCACCACCUCCUCCUGCUCAGCCUUCAUGGGCUAGUGGUGGUCUUACAGUUCAGCUUCCCCCACCCUCGUAUGAACAGGUGAUCAGAGAAAAGAGUCGCGAGCAGAACACUCAAUCCUCCUCGGUCUCCUCGUCAUCAUCCUCAUCUCCCACUCCCCGUCGUUCUACUACCACCAUCGCCACACAGACCGAAACAGGCUCUUGUAGCCCAAAGAACCGUAUUGUUCCUCCAGCUCAUCGGCCACCAAAACCACCUCGUCCAUCCCUGCCAAUUGCUCCGAAACCUGCUGAAUUUGCAUCUGCACAUACGUGCACACUCAUCGAGCUUGAUAAGCCUGACCUGUCUUGUACCACAAACACUCCAACUACAACACAUGGCAGCGACAUUCUGAGCGCACCUCUGUCAGAGCAGUGUGGAGUUCAGACUGACUUCACUGAUGUCCCUGAUGAUCUCGCACCCCUAGAGACCACGCCUACUACAACUGACUCCUCCCACAUCACCAAUGAUCCUCCAUUACAGCAUUCAGUAAAACAGGAGGUUUCAACACGUCCCAGGCCACGCCCUCGUUCCAAAGCCAUUUUGCAGCCUGUCGUCAAAGAGGAGGUUCUGGACCAGGCCAUGACGCGAGAGGUCAAAGUUAAGACUUUGGUGCGUCUGAAGGAUGACGGCAGUCAGAGUGUUUUUGCUGGAUUUACCGACAGUUCUUCAGACAUUUCCUCAAACAAGUAUUUACAAGAACUAUUGGAUGCCUUUGGUUAUGAUGAGCAGGGUGUCCAAGGCAACCAGGAAGGCGAAAGUGACCAAAGUGAGAAGAGUGAAGAAGAUGAGAGUGCUUCUGAGAGCUGUGUUGCUUCCAGUGUACCAACAGAACCUUUAGAACCUUUAAAGAGACCACAGCCAAAGCCUAGAGCUCUUAACCCCAAACCAGUUAUCUCCCCAAAACCGUCUGAACCGAUGCAGGAACAAAAGGAUGCCAAAAGUUCUUCUGAAGAAAAGAAUAAACAGACAUUAAACCCUCCAGUUCCUGCACCCAGACCUUUGCUAACAAACAAACUCUCAGAGGGGAACAGGCCUGACGCCAACAGACUCCCUCGACCCCCUAGACCUCCUAUAGCUGCCCGCAGGUCUCUAGUUCCAGCCAACUCAGAAGAAGCUCCGUCUGCACAUGAAACUGCAGCAGUGCCUCCUAAAUCCUUGGUAGAUGAUGAGAUCGUAGAUGAUCAGGCCAGGAACUCUUUGUCUGCUCCUGUGAAACCAGCACCAUUCACUUCCGCUAGAGGCAGUGGCAAAUGUCCCAAUGGUUCCACCCAAACACAAGUCCCAUUACAGAGGAGGCCUCCACCUCCGUCCAACCCUAAUGCACAGGCUGCUGUUAGUGGUGUAAGUGUUAGUAAAGCUCCAGCAUCAUCUGUUCCCUCACUGCCCCCUCGACCAAGCGAGGGUAGACUGCUUCCUCUACGUCCUCCUCCAAUCAAGCUGUCGAAAUCAGCAGGCUCCACUCACGCUCCUGCUACAAGCAGUCAGCACCCAAGUCACAGGGUACCAAAAAGAAGACCACCCCUGCCCCCCAGACCAAAGCCAGGGCAUCCUCUCUAUAGAGACUACAUGAGCAAAGUUCCGCAAGGAAAUACAAAGAUGAACCAUGUUGGCACUGAGCCACAGGAACACUACCUCCAGAAAGAGGAACUCCUGCUAGUUCUUGAUGACACACCCCUUCCCGCACAAACGCCUAGCAUCCCAGGAGAGAUGAAAGAUCAAGUUCAGGAUGUGUAUGAUGAUGUCUGUCCAGCAGUGAGGGAUGAGCCCAUCUCUCAGCAGAAGCAGAACCAAGAAAUGAAGAUAGACAAGCAGAAAGAGCAGAAACCCCAGCCAAACACCGACAUCAGGUGUGUAGCUCGGUUUGCAUUUGAAGGUCAAGAGGGUGAGUUGAUGUUCCAUGAGGGUGAUGUCAUCACGCUAAUAGAAUAUGUAAAUGAGGAGUGGGGGCGUGGCAGUUUUAACGGACACACGGGACUUUUUCCUCUGAAUUUUGUUCAGGAAGUUCCAUCGUCACAAAGAAAGCCUACACCAGAAUCACCUGAGCCCCCUGUAUGUGAGAGAGAAAACCAGACAGGUAGAGCUCUGUAUGAUUUCACUGCUGAAUCUGAGGAUGAACUCUGCCUCAAGAUGGGGGACAUUGUCUGCUCCCUGGAGGAAGUGGAUGAGGAGUGGUUUAUGGGGGAAUUCGCUGGGAAACGUGGCAUUAUUCCAAAAAAUUACAUCCAAGUGCUCUAAAAGCAGAACACACCGAUGGAUGAAGUGAUGGUUAGUUAAUGAUGUUUACAUGUGAAAAGAAAAAGAUGUCACCAAAUGUGUUUGAGGGUCUCCUAUAUUAAACGUACUCCAACACAAUCAAACACACCAGUCUGUGUUACUCUGUUGGUUUGUCUCUAAAUGUGUUUCAUGUACUAAACUUGUUUUAUUCAUUCACUGACUGACUUUGUUCCCAUUCCAAAGCCAACUGAUUAUACUAUGAUGUUGGAGUUUAUCAUAAUGUAACUGCACUGUGAAGAGGGCAUCAGACUUGGUCAUGUUUAAAACCUUUACCUGACUGACGCUGAUAGAUUUUACUAGAUUUUAUUUACUUUUAUUAAUGUUUGACUUGUAUACAUUUUUACUUACAGAAGAUCAUUUGUCUUGAUGUAGAUUAGUCUAGUCUUGGACUAAAUUUCACUGUGAACAGCUGUUUCCCACUGAAUAGUCUUUGUAGUCUUGGACUAGACUUCAUUUGUUGGAACAAAGAGCUCUUUACCCAAAUUAAAGCAAACUGACUUACUGUA